AUGACAGUAGAACAGAAAAGAGCAAUUGUUGAGGAGAUUAUGUUGCACAUGGAGGGGGACUCACUGCCUAGAGGCUUUUUAGCCAAUUUGGCAAGAAAACAUUCAGUGCACAAAUCUACAACAAUAAGAUGGUUUCAGGUAAUAAAACAUUCUCUAGCACAAGGUAUUGUUGUUGAUGUGAAUACAAAAAAAUUAGGCAGGACAGUACAGGACGCAAAAGCAAAAGAAUACACAGAUGAGUUCCUAACAUUUGUACCAUUGUAUAAAAGAACAACUGAAAGGGGAUAUGCUGCUGCACUGAAAAUACCCAAAACAGCAUUGCAUAGGCUAAGGCAGCAAGGCAAGCUGAGAACACACACAAGCACAAAUCACCCAGUAUUGACAGAGAAGCACAAAGUGUCAAGACUUAAAUGGGUUUUAAGUCUAAUAAAUCCUGUACCAGCAGUAGGGGACCUAACAUUCACUGAUAUGCAACAAUGGAUACAUUUAGAUGAGAAAUGGUUCUACAUUAAUCCAGAAACAAGAACCUUCUACCUACUUCCAACAGAAGAUGAUCCAUACAAGGCUCAACAAUCUAGGAGAUUCAAGAUCAAAGCAAUGUUUAUGGGAAUGAUAGGGAAGCCAUUGUUUGAUGAUGAAAACAACAUGAUACAUGAUGGAAAAUAUGGCCUUUUUCCUUUUGUAAAGUAUGAAAGAGCCAAAAAGAAAAGCAAGAACAGAGAUGCAGGGACUCUAGAGACAAAGGCAAUUCAAAGUGUCACAAAAGAGUACAUAAGAAAGAUGCUGCUAACACAUGUCAUUCCAACAAUCUAUGAAAAAUGGCCACAACAGUUACCAAAGGACAUCAUCAUACAAUGGGAUAAUGCUAGGCCUCAUCAGGAGAUCGAUGAUGAAGGGCUCAUGGAAGUAGAUGCAGACUGA